UAUUAAGGUAAUAGAACAGGCAUUAGCUGAAGGUACUGAUCCAUGGGGUGUUAAAGUGGAACGUGUGGAGAUCAAAGAUAUACGAUUACCGCAUCAGCUAAUGCGUUCAAUGGCCGCUGAAGCAGAAGCAGCUCGAGAUGCUCGAGCACUUGUCAUCCAUGCAUAUGGUGAAAAAAAUGCUUCAAAAAACUUGGCUGAAGCAGCAUCAGUGAUUGCCGACAGUAAAGUAUCGUUGCAGUUACGUUAUCUGCAAACACUAACAAAUGUUGCCGCUGAACAUAAUCGUACAAUUGUUGUACCAUUUCCAAUAGAAGUUGCCAGAUAUUAUGCUGAAAAUUGGUUAAAUAAUAAAUGA